AUGAAGAGCAAUGAACCUCCAUUUCCAAAAAAGUCUCAGAUAAUCGAACUGCCAACUGACGGGCCUACAUGUUCACAUGGUCCUAUGUUAAAAAUAGUUGAUCAGACCUCCCGUUCGUUUCAUUAUGCUUGUUCGGCAUUUCGUGAUAAAAGUGAAUACACUUUGAAUCGACUGUACUCUAUCAUUCAAAAACUUUCAGUAGACUAUGUCAUCUGUAUUGGUUCACCACGUCUACAUGACUUCAUCCAACUUCAGCAUAUACAUAGAGGACAAUUAUUAGACUCAUAUUUAUUAGAUAUGGACAUUCGGCUGAUCACUUAUGAAAACCACUCAAGACUGGAUUGUGAUAUCACUGAUAAUCGAAACCACAGGGAUUUAACUAACAAAAUUGGUGAUCAUUCAAAUAGAGGACAGAGGCGCGACUCAAUUGUUCGCUUGUUUACAAGUUUACUUCCUUCUUUGGUCCAUCCACCUAAAUCAACAGAGAAAUGUUUCAGGUUUUGUGAAAUUUGUCAACGUUAUUCGCACAUAACAAAUCUACACUGUCCUAAAUGUGGUCGUUGCACAACUAAACAUGGACCAACCUAUGUACACUGUGAUAAAUGUAAUCGUUGUAGACCUGCAAAGAAAUUUCAUUGCGAUCAAUGUAAACAUUGUGUAUCUAUCAAUCAAUGCGUUCAUCAAUCCAAACGCAAAAAGCUCUCUUACAAUACAUCUGAUAAUUUGUAA